UUAACAUUCAAGAUGGCGACCCCCUUGUGUCAGUGUUACCAGAUAUGUGUGAGAAGAGGCUUGGUUUCUUUCCCUUCCUGCUACCUUCUCCUUCACAACAGAGCCGCUGUCUACAGGACACAUGGGCUCCUCACAUGCUCUUCACAGGUGUCUCAGUCCCCCUCCCUGCAGGUCAGGUAUAUGUCAGGGGAGAGAGGCGGGGGCAGAGGCGGGGGCAGAAAGGGUUUCAUGGGGGAGUUACUGGACAACAUAAAGCAAGAGCUAAACAAAAACAAAGAAAUGAAAGACAACAUCAAGAAGUUCAGAGAAGAGGCCCAAAAGCUAGAGGAGUCAGAAGCAUUGAAACAAGCUCGAAGGAAAUUUAAAACGAUAGAGUCUGAAACAGUGAAGACCUCCGAUGUUCUCAGGAAGAAGCUGGGAAACAUCUCUGAGAGCGUUAAAGAGGGGCUUGAGGAGGUGAGUCGUACGGACAUUGGAAAGAAAAUCAAGGAUGGAAUAGAGGAAGCAGCCAAAUCAGCGAAGACCUCAGCGGAGUCUGUCUCUAAAGGUGGAGAGAUGUUGGGGAAGACCGGUGCCUUCAGAGCAAUAUCACAGGAGGCGCGCAGCAGCAUUCUGGACCAGCUGUAG